AUGAAGACAACCCUGCGACGGCUCUUGUUCGGCUUGCUAGCCAGCACACCAGCCACUGCCGUUGUACAGUAUUGCGCCGACGAUAUAAGUCAAGGACCUCAAUUUUGUGUGUCCAUAGCGUCAUUCCAGAGUGGUUCCGCUCAUGGGGUGGACUUGUAUCUCACCAUUGAGAUGAUGGACAAACCGGGAGAAGGCUGGAUGGCCGUGGGAAUCGGCGAGACAAUGGCUGAGAGCUUGAUGUUCGUCGUGGUAACGGACGAGACGGAGGGCUUCUUCUACGCUAACAUGACAGAAGCUAUGGGGAAUCCCAGCAACGCAGCCGCAGCUCCGCCGCCAUUAGAUGCAGGUAAAGGAUCCUACGCAGCAUCGUCGUCUUCGCUGCUGAACGAGCCGGCUCAAGAGCAGCGCUCUCGGUUGGUGUCAGUGGGUUGGCAUGGAUCUCUCCUCGGCACAGCAUUCAUGAUCUUGUAUCCGGCUGGAGCAGUCAUCGCUCGACUGAGACUCAUCCACUGGUUUUGGGUGCACGUCGUCUGGCAGGUGUUGACAUCCUUGGCUUGCAUUGUCGGGGUACUCUUGCAGGUCACCUCCCUGAGUCACAACAGCAUGUGGCAAAGAAUGCUCAACACGCAUACAGUAAUUGGCGCACUUCUGACGCUUUCAAUCUUCGUACAACUAUUCCUCGGCUACUGGCAUCAUGUCCAGUUCUCUCUUGGACGUAGAAAUACAAAAGCUACGCGUCUCCACGUCUGGAAUGGGCGCUUCAUGCUCGCUGCUGGCAUGUCCAAUACAGGAUUGUUCGUGACCCGUGCCUUUGACCGGUGUCUUCCGCAGAUACGGACUCUUAUGACUGACCAAAUUCGGUGCUAG